UAAAGGAAAAAUAAUACAUCGUUUUCCUGAUGCAUCGCCCUGUCAAGCUGUUUCUACACUCAACAGCACCAUGAUUAUAAGCUUGUUGUUCAUAACUCUAGAUCUUAUCUUCAUUUGGAAGAAACCGAUCGAAGGAUAUAUAUAAUAUGGGUAGCAUUACAGAAGAACAACUGAUUCAGAAGGUCAUAGAUUACGUUGAAUUAAGGCCAGCGUCUCCAAAAGGACCAAAACCUGUGUCUCCCAAUGAUCAUCCCCCAUGUCUGAUCACCUUGCUGCAGGAGAUACUUGGAACGGCUACAAAGUCUGAGGUUGAUGUCCGUGAGAAAAUAUUGAUGUAUGUGAGGGAUGAGGAACCCACUAAUCUGAAGAAAUGGUUAGUGAUGACACUGAAAAUGGAUGGUUAUGAAGCUUCUCUCUGCAAAACAUCAUGGGUUUCUAAUUUUGGUCGCUCCAAAUGUUGCUCCAAAGUUAUGGAAUUCACAGGUCAUUAUGAAUAUGUUGAAGUGAUGGUGAGAGAUAUUGAAAAUGGUGAGAAAGCAACAAGGCUGAUUGUAGAUAUGGACUUCAGGUCCCAGUUUGAAGUGGCAAGGGCUUCAGCAACCUUCAAGGAGCUCACCAACGCCCUUCCCUCGGUCUUUGUUGGGACUGAAGAAAGGCUGAAGGAGAUUAUCUCUCUGCUUUGCCCGGCAGCAAAACGAUCGCUGAGAGAGAGCCGCCUUCACGUUCCUCCCUGGAGAAAAGCCACCUACAUGAAGGCCAAGUGGCUUUCCAAAGACUGCAACAAAGUCUCACCCUCAAUCCUCCAAGAUUAGUGGAGCUUUUUCUUUUUUUUACCCUUCUAUAUAUGUGAAUUAAUUUUGAGUUUGUUUUGUUGGGGAAGACCUCGAUCAGUUUUUACUUUUAGGUCUUUUUCUCUUUGAGUUUGUAUGGUUUUUGACGACCAUAAUCUACAAGUCUUGAUGCUCAAGGCUUCUCUUUUCAA